AUCCUUAGGGCUAAUGACAUGCAGGACAGGGGAGACUCAGAGUAUCCCUCUCAUGAAGAGGUGUCUGCCAUGGCCAAAAGGUUGAUUGAGUACUAUCCUGUGCUGCAAGAUAAGGAUAAACAAACCAUGGGACACAGUCUUCCGUCAACUGCUCAAGAGACUGCAGAAUGUCAAAUCAACCCAGAAUGUGAUGAGCCGAUCAACUGCUGAGCCCAGCCCAACUCUUUCCUUCAAGAAACGUAGACUACUCUUCAAACCAACAGUACAAGACACGGACUAUGAUGCUGAUACGAGCGCAUCAACUGAGAUCACUGAUCUCUCAGAGAACACGCCCACAGACCUCAAUAGUGAUGACGGCACAGUUGAUUCAGUGCAAUGCCAUGACUCCAGAAAAAUGCAAGCCAGACACUACAAAACCCUUCAGGAGUUGUGGAAGAAAACUAGACCGAACCAACAGGCCGUGGGUCAUCUCUUGGAUCUUGAGUUUGAGUCAAGGAGAGCCUUUAUAGACUCAUGUUCACUCAAAGAAGAGGAUAGGACCGAGACGGUCAUAGAAGCAUAUCCCUGCUUCAGAGAGCACCAGCAUGUUUUGGACGAGAUGGGCCGAAUUCUAGAGGCAGGCAACAAGAACUUCACUUACCAGAUCAAAGCCAGAUGGGAAAGCUUUUGCGAAAAUGCGCUGUUCUUUGGAGUGUGGAACAAGUCGUUGAAGCCACCAAUGGGUCUGGAUAAAUCUGGACAAGCGAUUGCUUUCAUGAAGGCACUUCCCUCAAUGUUUCCUUCCCCAACUGCCCCACCCAAAAAGCUUGGGUCAGCAAGUGAGGCACUGUUCCAUGUUCUUGAGCCAUCCGAGGACCCCAAUACAUUUCUCCAGAAACGGCCCAUCACCAGUCCAGUCAUCUUGGUAGACUCUACUAACCUCCUCCUGGCUGUUGGCAAAAUCCCACUGAUGACCCUACCUAAGGAAAUGAUCCACGAGGCUCCACUCAUCCUGAUGGGGUGUUUUUACACCUUCCACCUCACCUACCCCAAAUGUGUUGCUACUCUCUUAUCCGUCAUCCAGACUGAGGUACUGAAGGACAUUCUAUGA